AUGACUCCAGCGCCCAGCGGCAUCGCGCCUCCGGCCACACUCAAUAAACCAGCCUCGAUAUUCCGAAUGAACACCAUACCGAACAUGCAGCAGCUCGCAGCCCAGCAGCCUGGACAGCUUGCGCCUCCCCAGCACUCUGGCGCAUCCGCGCCGACAGCGCCCGCGCAGAGCCCAUCGCACGUACAACGAGGGGCGCAGAGGAUCAACGAUGCGCUGUCGCGCGAAGCCAGUUAUCCUGCGCUGGAUACAUACAUCAACCGUACUACAGAGGGCAUCUCUUCCGACUACGACAUCAAUCCGAACCCAGCGUGGGCACCGUUCCAGAGGCUGAAGACCUACGAGAUCCCAGAUCGAAUCUUUGAGCAGUACAAUCGCGCGCAGGUGUCGACUAUGAUGGGCCUUUUCGCAGAGCUCAAUCACGCUUGGGUCACGAUAGACAACGCGCUCUACCUAUGGGACUACACGCAUCCGAACCCGGAGCUAAUCGGUUUCGAGGAGCAGCCAAAUAACAUUACGGCGGUGAGACUGGUUGUUCCGCGCCCGAAAGUCUUUGUGGACCAGAUCACGCAUCUUUUGGUGGUAGCGACCACUUCCGAGAUCAUCCUCAUAGGCGUCGCUUCUCAGCGGGGGCCGGAAGGCGUCCAUGGUGUCUCGCUGUAUCAGACGCGAAUGCAAGUGCCUAUCAAAGGCAUCGACGUCAGCUGUAUAGAGGGCUCGAGAGACACCGGCAGGAUCUUCUUCGGCGGACGCACGUCGGACGAUGUGUAUGAGUUGACUUAUCAGCAAGAGGAGAAGUGGUUCGCCAAUCGGUGCGGAAAGGUCAACCAUGUCACUAAAGGGAUCUCGGCUGUCGUGCCUAGCAUCUCUUUCGGACACAAGGGACCACCCGAGCACGUGGUGCAGAUGGCAGUCGACGACACCCGCAAGCUGCUUUACACCCUCUCGUCUGAGUCGACCAUUCGAGUGUUCCAUAUGAAGCCCCCCAAUACGCUAGACCUCGCGCUUACCAGAAGAUUAUCAGAUUUUCGGACCCAAAUGUCACAUAUGAUUCAACGAACGGAGCUGUUGGGGCAGGGCGUGAAGAUUGUCUCCAUCAAUCCGAUCUCGUCCACUGAAGCAUCGAGGAUCAAUCUGAUGGCAGUUACUUCCACCGGCUGCCGAAUCUUCUUCAGUGCGACAACAUCUUACUACACCAACGACGCAUCUGCAGCCCCUACGAGCAUGCAGGUACACCAUGUCAAAUUCCCGCCCGGAGACAGAAACCCUGCCCAGUCACCCACGCAGGGUUCGUCGACGCAGGUAACCAGCUACCAAGGCGGGCCGGCGGCCGACACCAAUUCGAGAUCGCUUGUCUUGUCCCGGGCUGCUGCUCGGUUCCCGCCUGGAUACUUUUUCUGCUUUGUGCAAAGGAGUCAGCAGCGUGACAACGACACUCUAUUCGUCUCAGCUCCAGAUACCGGACGGAUCGCUCGACCGCAGGAGUCAACGCAGCUGACAAGGUUCGUUGAGCAAGCCUCGUGGAUCCCGCUCGGCAGUGUAAUGGCAGACAUUGGACUUGUGACGAAGCCGUUCGCCGCCGCUCGCACGCCACCGGGGUUUGGCAACGAAUUGGCCGUGCAGUUCGACACUACGACGAGCGAAAUCGCAAUUCUGACUAAUAAUGGAAUUCACACCAUGCGCCGCCGACGAUUGGUGGACAUGUUCGCUUCCAUGAUCCGACACAGCGGCGGAGGGCAAGAGGGCGUGGAAGGCGAAGUCAAGAACUUUCUGCGAGUGUAUGGGCGGGUAGAGACAGCGGCAACUGCGCUAGCCGUCGCUUGCGGUCAAGGUUCCGAUGUGAAUCCGGAGUAUCGAGGCACCCAGGUCGCGGAUAACGAUGUGUUAGAGCACGCUCGACGGAUAUUCAUCGAGCAUGGCGGCAAGGCAACGAUAAACGAGAACUCGCUCCUCGACCAGGGGGCCUCGGCGGUUGACAGGGUGCAGCCGUCGCCUCGACACGAUGGUCUGGCGCUCUACAUCUCACGACUGGUGCGGUCAGUAUGGAAGGAACCGAUUCUCAAGGAAGCCGUAACGCCUACUGGUGGCCUCACCGUGACACCGACAGUGCCUCUGGACAAGCUGCGAAAAGUGCAACACGAUCUCACACGGCUGCAAGAAUUCCUGGAUGCCAACAAGACCUUCAUCGACGGACUGGCGGGCUCGGACGCGCUCGGGCGUGUCGUAAACCGGCAGGAAGAGGUCGCCUUGCAGGGGGAGCAUGUGGCGCUUACCUCCUUGGUGCGCCUGAUCUCCAACAUCAUCGAAGGCAUAUCCUUCGUGCUCGUUUUGGCCGACGAGCGCGUCGACGAGGUCAUAUUCUCCCUCAACGACACGGUGCGGCAACAGGUCCGACAGCUCACGUUCGAGGGUCUCUUCUGCAGCGAGGCAGGAGCCAACCUAGCGCGCGAGCUCGUCAAAGCGAUAGUGGACCGAAACAUCAAGAAAGGAUCCAACGUCGAAACCGUAGCCGAGUCGCUACGCCGGCGAUGCGGGAGCUUCUGCAGCGCCGACGAUGUGGUCAUCUUCAAGGCGCAGGAGCAACUCAACAGAGCCGCCGAGACGGGCGCAACCUCUGAAACAGGCCGCGCGCAGCUAAAUGAGAGUCUCCGGCAGUUCGAAAAGGUGGCGGCGAGCUUGUCGAUGCGGAAUCUGCAGGACGCAGUGAAUGCCUACAUCUCAAUGGCUUUUUACGCUGGCGCGAUCCGGCUCGCGCUGCAGGUCGCGCAACAACGGGAUCGAGGCAACCGCGCUCUGAGCUGGCUCAACGACGGUCGUCCCGAGCAGGAUCCGCGAAAAGAGGCAUACGAGAGCAGAGCGCGCUGCUACGACCUCAUCUGCGCAGUCAUCAACAAGGUCGACGAAGCCAGCCAGCAAGCUCCCCCCGAUGCAGACGGACAGUACUCCGCGGUAGCCCGGCGGCGAGACGAGGCCUACGAGCAGAUCAACAGCUCCGAAGAUGAAGUAUUCCACACCUACCUCUACGACUGGUACCUGCACCAAGAGAAAUUCGACCGCCUGCUCGAAAUCGAGUCACCUUACAUCAUCACCUACCUGCAGCGCAAAGCGCACGACAACGCCAGAGACGCGGAACUGCUGUGUCGCUACUAUGCACGCCAUCAUAGCUUCUUUGAAGCCGCGACUGUGCAGCUGCAGCUGGCGAAGAGCAGCUUUGACCUGAGCUUGCAGGACCGCAUCGAGUAUCUCAGUCGCGCGAAGACGAAUGCAUCGACGCGGAUCACGGGGAUGGGCGAUGUGCGGCUGUCGAGGCAGUCGCGGCAGGAACUGACGCGCGAAGUGUCGGACCUGCUCGAUGUGGCCAACAUCCAAGAAGACAUCCUUACUCGACUGCGCGACGAUGCUCGCGCGACGCCCGAGCGGCGGGAGGAGAUUGUGAAAUCCCUAAGCGGGCAGAUCCUGCCUUUGCAAACCCUCUUCGAAGACUACGCCGACCAAGCCGGCUACUACGACAUCUGCCUCCUGAUCUACCACGCGGCCGACCAUCGCGAGAAAGCCGACAUCCGCGCAACGUGGCAGAACUGGAUCCAACAGCUGCACGAUGAGGCCACGGCUGCGGGCGAGGCGAAGCCGUAUGAAGUCGUCGCCGAGCGGGUUAGGAGUCUUGGCCGACGUGUGCACCUGUCCGAAUCUGUAUUUGAUAUAUCACUCGUCCUCCCCCUCCUAUCCCGCUACGCAUACACGCAUCAGCGUUCCAUGGCGCCUUUGAAUUGGCCCACCGAGCUCCUCCUCUCCCUCGGUGUGCCCCACGAAACCCUCAUCUCGGUGCUUGAGUCCCUCUUCUACAACGAGGAAGCGCCCUUCAUGGGCCGCGCGCGGCGGUACCCGGCUGAGAACAUCGUUUAUGUCGCCCAGCGAUGGUUAGAGGAGAGUCUGAGACAAGGGGGACCCGCGCUGGGAGGCGUCGAGAAUUGUGUUGCUGUUAGUGAGACGUUGGGGGUUGUGCUGGGGGCGGGGGUUUUGGAUGAGAUUGGGGUGGAGAGGGCGAGGGGGGUGAGAGAGGCGGUGGAGGCGUGUUUGAGGGGUUGA